GAUUCUUUUUCUGUGUGGGAAACCGAAUUCUAGUGAGAGAGAGAGAAGUCUCUCUCUAAUCUAAGCAAAAAAUCACACUUUAUUUUAUUUUAUUCCUAAUUUCUUUCUCUCUCUAUUUCCUUCACAAUCACACUCUCUUUCUCUCUCUCUCUCUUUUUUUUUUUUUUUUUGGUUAUAUAAAAAGCAAGCGAGACCAAGAUUGUGUGGCCUCUUUUUUCAAAUACCCCCCAAAGCUUCUUUCUUUGCCUUCUCCAUUUGAGUUUUGUUGCCCACCAUUUUUUUUUUUCUGGGUUUUUGGUUUCUGGGUUUGUUAGAGAAAGAUUUUUUAUUGAGGGAAAUAGAAGUUAUUAAUGGCUCAAGAAAUUGUUGCUGGUGAUUUGCCAUUGAAGAGACCCAGAGAAGAGGAAGAAAAUGGGGUCUCGGUGGCUAUGGAUACUGAGGGUAAAAAAGAACCCGAGUCUAUCUCUACUGUUAUACCCGGGUGGUUCUCUGAGAUUAGCCCAAUGUGGCCUGGAGAGGCUCACUCCUUGAAAGUAGAGAAGAUUUUGUUUCAGGGGAAGUCUGACUAUCAGAACGUGAUGGUUUUCCAGUCAUCAACGUAUGGAAAGGUUCUUGUUUUGGAUGGGGUAAUUCAGCUCACUGAAAGGGAUGAAUGUGCAUAUCAAGAAAUGAUUACUCACCUUCCCCUGUGCUCAAUUCCAAAUCCAAAGAAGGUUUUGGUCAUUGGUGGAGGAGAUGGUGGGGUUCUACGGGAAGUUUCUCGCCAUUCCUCUGUUGAGCAGAUAGAUAUAUGUGAAAUUGACAAGAUGGUGGUGGAAGUUUCUAAGCAGUACUUUCCUGAUGUAGCAAUUGGAUAUCAGGAUCCCCGGGUGAAACUUCAUAUUGGUGAUGGAGUUGCGUUUUUGAAAGCUGUACCAGAAGGAACUUAUGAUGCAGUUAUCGUGGAUUCUUCUGAUCCAAUAGGUCCUGCACAAGAGCUCUUUGAGAAACCCUUCUUUGAGUCAGUAGCAAGGGCCCUUCGUCCAGGUGGGGUGGUGUGUACUCAGGCAGAGAGUAUAUGGCUUCAUAUGCACAUAAUUGAGGACAUUGUGUCAAAUUGCCGCCAAAUAUUUAAAGGCUCGGUUAACUAUGCAUGGACUACAGUCCCGACAUACCCAAGUGGGGUAAUUGGCUUCAUGCUCUGUUCUACUGAGGGCCCCUCUGUUGAUUUUAAGCACCCUGUGAAUCCAAUUGAUUCAAAUGACAACAACAUAUCAAAAAGACCCUUGAAAUUUUAUAACUCUGAGAUUCAUACAGCUGCUUUCUGCCUGCCAUCUUUUGCGCGGAAGGUGAUUGAUGCUAAGGCAAAAUGAGGAAACAUUUUGGGAUCUUUGAACGAGUCGAUUCGAUACAUGCUACUUGCAUCUGGGUGAAACUUUCUUCUGCUUAGCAACAAACCAAGCAAUAAGUUGAGAUUCACGCUGAGGUUCUUUAGUUUAUUUUAGUUGGGAUUAGAGUGGUGGUGUUAUGGACGAAUUCAAAGAAUUUUAAUUUUUCACUUAAUGAUUAGUAUCAUAAAUUUUCUUAUCAAGUAGUCUUUCAUCAAUAUUUAGUUAAUGGAAAUCCAGCUUCCAUCCCCUUAUCCCAUUUUUUUCCUUGAACUUUUUGAUUAUGCUAUGGAUGUUCAAAUUAGUUAGAGACAUGUUGUAACGUUUAUUGCAACUUAAUAGAGUGAUUUUGGUAGUGCUGUA